UUUAAGUUUCGAAAAAAAAAAGAAAAGAAAAGAAAAAAGGGACGCACUUUUAGAUGAGUAAGAGUCGAGUUUGCGGUCAUUAAUUGUCUUUAUCUUCUUGAAGAUCGAUAAGAGCAUUUUUUUUACAGUGUUCAGUAGCUGAAUAUCCUAGCCUUUACAGAAGAGUGUUGCCAGCCUCCCAGCAAAUCAGUUGUGAAGAAUGCCUCUCUGAAACACCUUCAAGGGAAUGACGUGCGGGCAUCGAAACCCUAAGCAAAGGCCUAACCUUGAAACCUUUCUGAAACUGCUGCCGGACCUUCGAAGACCAAGGGUGUGAAGUGCAUGGCUUAAACUUCCUCCUCGCUGCCCCAAAGACUCUUUGUCUGCUCCCAAAGACUCUUUGUCUGCUCUUAGGGUUUCCUCCAUUGAUGAAGACCUCCAUUUCUAAAUCUAGCCUGUUCCAAUACCAAACGUUCAUCUUCUAUAAUAGUUGGAUUAUGGUAACAGCGAAAGAGAUCGGAUCAACUGGAUCGCAGGUCAACACAGCUUUCAGGACUUAAAGCAGCGCUCCAAUGGAUGUGUUGGAGAAAAGAAUGAAGUUGACGUUGAUAAACAAGCAACCCUGCAUAUAACAGAUUUCAGGAUAUCUACGAAACCAUGGAUGGUGCACCAAACACCCAUAUCCAUCUUUGUGGUGUUUGGUGCACCGUCGACAGUUUUGGAUGAUGCAGGGUGAUCACAACUGCUCUGGGUGCAUGCACUUUCUGUAUCAUCCCUUCUGCAUCACGUCGGAACACAUUUUGAGAUGGAUUUGUUGGAGAGGCAUAAAGUUGGUAAAUUCUAUCCACCUGUUUGCUUUUUUGGUGCAACAUGGAGAGAUUGCGAGAUUCUGAGGGUGGCUAUUUUGGGGUUGAGCUAGAGAAGGACGCAUGUAUGGUCUGAAGAAGAAUGACGAUGCAGACUGGGGUGGAUGUGCACUCAACUCCACCAAAAUUCAGAUUCAGAUGACAAUGGAAAAAGUUGCUGGAAAGUGAAGAAAGGAAAAGAAAGAAAAUGGAAGUGAAAAAAAAUCAGAGAUGAAUUUUUGCAUAAAUGAUUUUUUUGGGAAGAUAUUUGGGCCCAAUGGAUACCUAAGUAUUUCCCAACAUUUUUCAUCAAAUAAUGGGUACAAUUGGGAUGCAUUUCAUUUUAAACCCAAUAUCAAAUUACAAUACCCAUCUCGCCUAAAGGAAAUCCUUUUGACAUGAGUAGCCCAUUGGGGUUUGGGACAAAUUGCCACCUUUAUUUUCUAGAUCCAUUUACUUCUUUAGGAUUUAUACUCAAGCCCAUUUUCUAGAUCCAUUUCCUUCAACACCUCUGCUCGACCGGCGACUUUUCUUUGAAGGUUUUUGCUGAUGGCCAAGCCUAAUCCAUUUAUGAGCAAAAGAAAGCUGUCUGAUGCUGAUGAUGAUCCAUUCGCUGGAGCGAAAAAGAGAAAGAUUUCAAUAUUUUCUAGUAGCUUUUUUAAAAAUGUUACUCACACGUGCUAUGAUGAUAGUCCUCACACUAUUACUCCUGUGCAAGAUCAAGAUCUGGCAUCAUCUUGUGCUGCUCUCAAUGCGACUGCAGUAGUUUCGGAAAAACACUGUUUGGAUGGAAAGUCAGAAUUCCCAAUACCUUUGUCCAGCCAGGAGAUUGUAGAUCAUGUUCAUGAAAAGAUGAAUUUAGCAAGGGAGGAAAUUGAUGGUUUUGGCAUGUCAGGUGCUUCAAUGAAAGCCACAUUCGAGUACAUGAAGCGAUAUGGCGUGUACACGGAUAAAGUCUAUCCGUAUAUGGGGAAGAGGAGUCCGAUUCCAGUCAUUCCGGAUACAGCUCUUGAGGCUACCGAAAAACUUUAUGUUCGGAGGUUUUCCUUGAUGGACUUCAGCAGGUCACUCCUACAUAUCAUAAGGGAGCAGCCUGUUGUUGGUUUGGUGGAUGGUUAUCCAAGUUUUGUUAAGUACAAGCAUAGAGAUGGAAUUUACAAGGGACCCACUGUUUAUGAGCUCCAAAUGUUCAGGGACAAAAAGGUCAAGCCCCAUUGUGUUCAAGUUGUUGGCAUUGGAGUGGAGGAGGGAGAGUUGUUCUUCCUUGUGAAGAACACGCAUGGAGAAACUUGGGGCUGUUCUGGUUAUGGAAAGAUCAGCAUGAAAUUAAUCAGGCAUUUCACAUUUCCUAAUGAGACUGAGUUUGCUGGUGUUUAGCAAGAAUUGAAAGUCUUGUUCCUUUUGAACUUCUAGAAUAUGAAGUCUUGAACUGGACUUAGUGAAUACUUUUAUAACCUUAGAUGCUUUGAAGUCAUGUGUUUUAUAAUGUUGACAGUUUAAUGUAGUCUUUGGCUGAUGAUGUCUUCAACUUUCAUCCUGUUACUUUUGUGCUUUGAAUGUAAAUAAAGAUUUUGCACCUAUUUUGCAA